AUGAAUAUCGCAAAAAAACUUUUAGGUUGCUUAAGGAAUAAUACAAAGAGGAUAACUGUUAAGGAUAUUGUCGGAAAUGUGUACCGUAAAGAUGAUUCUUUAGAGUACCCCUUUAACGUGAGCUGUAUUGAAUUAUGUUAUCAAAAUAGCACACAUUCGUGCCAUAAUAGACAAAAGAGAUUUGUAUCUCAUUCUAACAGUGGAGGUAACGGUACUGCGACUUCCAAAGUUGAAACCAACGCUUGUGUUUCCGGAGAGAUAUUCGACAAGGAUACUUUUGUAAAGCUUUUAAGGUUGACAAGUACUAAUUCAAGUGAUUUGUUCUCCGCAAUUAACAAAUCCAAAGAUGAACUACGGAAGCUAUCCGCUGAAUCACACCCAUUUAGCAAACACGAUCUACACAUUUUAAUGCAGUUAUUAUCUGAAGUAUUAGCAAUAAAAACCAACAAAAAAGAUGUGGACCUGUUUCAUAGUGUUCUAGAGUCGUUUAGAAAUGAUAGCAAAUUUCCCUCUGGCUUGGGACUUUGUACUAUGUUUUCCUCUACCAAUGAUUCAAAGGCAAAGUUACCCUCUAGAACAUUUUCCAGAACGCUUGCUAAUAAAAUUGGAAUUAUGGGAGCUAAGUUCUUGGCUCCCAAAUCUAUGACUAUGAUAGACGAGGUAAAGUACGACACUAUCUCUUUCAAAGAAAUACUUAUGGAUAAAUUUGUACUGACAAUAGGUGGGAAGCGUGACGACGUGUUCAAAGGACCACACAUAUUUAAGGAGGCGAUGGCCCAUCAGAUAGUAUUGCCACAUCCACACCUGCAUUCGGAACCAGGUAACCCGCCUGAUAGAGAGCAAUACAAGAAGACAGUAUUUAAAACAUUCGAAAAGGGUAUCGUAUUACGCAUGGAAAUCGUGCUGCUAGUCAAACAGUCGUUAUCACUUUUAGAUUCGGACGACAACAUUGUUUGGAAGGAUGUAAAUCCAGAUUCAUACCAUAGAUUAUAUUUUGAAUCUGAACUUAAACCGGAAGAAGGAUUGAAUGCGGCAAAUAGUAUGAAAUUUACCAAUACAGAUUGGGUACUAGUGGAUAUCAAUAGCGUACUUUGCGGUAACAACCCAUUUUAA